AUGUCUGUAUCACUGGCUUGGCAGUCAGAUAAUUUCGAUGGCUUGACCCCUCACCAACUUGGAGUCUUGUACGAACCCAUCGUUCUCGAAUUGGCUUUGCAAAAAGCUGGGACAUUUCCUACUUAUCCACACGAGAAACAAUCAACUGUAAAAUACGAAGCAGAGAUGCCGGACUUUGAGGCAUUCCAAUUUUAUGUCAACAAGUUAGCCCAGGUCUGCGACAACGAACGUGGUGGGGAUACAAUCAGUGCCCUUGCAAUACUCCAAGGUUCUGUUGGCCCCAACUAUGUUUUUGGUUUCAACUCAAAGGAUACAAGAGGCCUAAAAACAACGCAGAAUUUCGUCCAAGCGUUAUUAGAUCUCGUAGGCAAGAAUCCAGACGAUUUUCAGACCGCGGCGUUGGGAAAGCGAGUGCUUUGGUUCAUACUGUCGUUCAAUAUUCCCCGGCUGAAAGAAUACCUGCAAUGUUUGAGCGAAGCCGUGCAAGAGUGCUUAAAAAGUUGUAAACGAUUGGAGGAAGACGAAACCGCGAAAACGCGCCCUGAACUCUUCAAGCUUCCGAGCCGACUCAGAGCCUCUUGUCCUUGGCGGACAAAUUUUAAGCUCAACAUGUCAGAGUCUAAUACGGAGGAUAAAUCAAUCAGCGACUGUGACACGUUGAUCAAAGCGAUCGUCGCCCUAGAUCAAGCAGAUGUCAACAAAAUGAUCUCGCAGAGGGCCAAAGAUGGAGAAAUGACAAGAUCCGAGCCAUGGUGCAAGCUCCGACACUUUCUUGGGCGCUGGCUUUCUUACCGCAAAGCAGCUCUCGGUAUCGUUGCAAUUUCUGAAAGAUGGCCUGAUCUAUUCUUGGAUUUUGAGAUUACCAUGGUGCCAUCUGGUCCACGCUUUCCAAACCCGAUCUUAAGAUCCGACCUCACGAGCUCAAUCAUCAUGCAGCAUAUAGUUGCGGAAGAUAAAACCCAAGAUACGCAACUUCUACAGGCGGCUGAGGACCUCAAACAGAUGGGAAUUGACGAUAUUAUUAUUCGUGAUUUUCAGCUUUCCCGAAGGUUUAGGCCCUCAUUGCAUGCGGAAGUCCUGGUACACGAAUACCUUUUGAAGAAGGGAUGGACAGCGGUAGAAAGUUACUGGAAUCGAUGGAAUUAUAUCGGCAGUAGUAAGCCUACUUGCCGACUAUGCCACUACUACUUUGACAUCCUCGAGGGUGACAAGCCGGGUGUUCGCUCGUCUCACAACAAUCUGUAUCGAAAUUGGCGACUUCCCGAGUACCACGAUGAAGAGAGCCUUGGCAUAGCUCGAGAUGUGCUUCUAAGUAAGCUUGCACAAAGGCUGAGGAUAGAUGUGGUAGAAACGCUCAAAGAAAAGAAAAUCAGGCGGAAGGCAAGAGACUCGAACACCUAUUCAUCUUUUCCCGAGGCCCUGCGGCUUAACAACAACAGCUCAGUGUCUAUCAACAGCUCUAACGGAGACUCAACUGUUUCGACGGGUCCGCCAGAUGAAGGCGCAGUACAACUGGAAAGUGCAACUGGUGUCCUGAAUUUGGGAGAUUAG